AUGAAAUUCUCAACUAUUUUCGGAGCUGCUACAGUUGUGACUGCCGUCUCGGCAGCUGCUGUGUCAAGUGUAAUGACCACUAAGACUAUUACUGCUACCAACGGUGGUAAUGUUUAUACAAAGGUUGUUACCGAUACCGCUGACCCUAUCAUUAGUUACAGUACCACUAGAACUGUCGUUGUCAGCAAUAGUGAUGCUACUUACACAAAGGUGGUCACUGAAGGACCAGAUACCACUUCUGAAAAGAGUACAACAAAGACACUUACUUUGACAAACGGUUCAGGUUCGUCAACCAACCUUUACACCAAGACCGUUACUCAAGCCGUCGAAUCAUCUACAUCAUCCUCUUCCUCUUCCUCCUCCUCCUCCUCCUCUGCCUCUUCUUCUGGUGCUGCCCCUGCUGCAUUCCAAGGUGCAAGUGUCGGUGCAUUGGCUCUUGGUUUGAUUUCUUACUUAUUAUAA